GGUGCAGUUGCAGCAGCUCGCGUGUGAGCAGAGGUCCAUCCUCCAUCCAGUCCUGUUAGUUAGUCCACCCAGCUUCUCAAGUUAAACCUCCUCCAGUCCGUCCCAGGGGAGCAGAACUUUCUCCAGGACUUCCACAACCCAGCAGAACCUCAACUUUUCACCCCAAACUAAGAGCGAACCGCUGAAACUGCCGCGUUCAUGGCUGUGGUGCGGUUCUACAGUAAUGAAGCUGUGGAUGGGCGGGCCUUACAGAGGGCAGCCAAGCUCUACCCGCAUCUGUCAAUCACUGCUGAGCUGUGCUACAACGUGGAACUGACAGGCUGUGAGAGUCUCGACGCCAAGCAGAAGGAGGUUCUCCUCUGGUUGUUUUGUCCUCCUCUGCAGGCUGAGCCACUGUCUGAGAACCCAAACCUCACAGAGGGUAGCGGGGAGAAGCUGGUGGAGAUCGGACCAAGGUUGAAUUUCUCCACCGCCUGGUCCACUAACGCCGUGUCCAUCUGCCAGAGCGCCGGCCUCGCUUUCGUCACACGAGUCGAACGGUCUCGCAGGUUUCUCAUCAAGCCCAAGAAUGGAGAAAACCUCACUGAGCUUGACGGAGACGUGAAGAAGCUGAUCGAGUGUCUGUACGACAGCAUGACCGAGUGCAUCUACCAGCGUCCCAUCACCUCCUUCGCCGUGGAAACCAAACCGCAGUCGGUGUUCGAGGUGGACAUCCUGGGAAAAGGUCGCGCAGCCUUGGAAGCGGCGAACGACGAACUCGGUUUGGCCUUUGACUCCUGGGAUCUGGACUACUACACAUCGAUGUUCCAGAGGAUUGAAAGGAACCCCACCAGUGUGGAGUGUUUUGACCUGGCACAGUCCAACAGCGAGCACAGCCGUCACUGGUUCUUCCGGGGGCGGAUGAUAAUCGACGGGCAGGAGCAGAAGGAGACUCUUUUCAGCCUCAUAAUGGACACACAGCGGCACAGCAACCAGAACAACGUCAUCAAGUUCUGCGACAACAGCAGUGGCAUCAAAGGCUUGGAGCUGGAGUGUGUUUAUCCGAAAGAUCCGUCCCAAGCGAGCGCUUACGAGACACGGCGUUCACUGCGACACGUCAUCUUCACUGCAGAGACUCACAACUUCCCGACUGGUGUAGCGCCGUUCAGUGGUGCCACCACAGGAACCGGAGGUCGAAUCAGAGACGUGCAGAGUGCUGGACGAGGAGGCCACGUCAUCGCUGGGACUGCAGGAUACUGUUUCGGAAACCUUCACAUACCAGGUUACGUUCUGCCCUGGGAGUCUGAAGGUGAAGGCUGGGAGUAUCCGUCCAGCUUCGCUCCUCCGCUGCAGGUUGCCAUCGAGGCCAGCGAUGGAGCUUCAGACUACGGCAACAAGUUUGGAGAACCUGUCCUGUCAGGUUUUGCUCGUUCCUUCGGGAUGCGCCUCGCUAACGGGGAGCGACGGGAGUGGAUCAAGCCGAUCAUGUUCAGCGGUGGUCUCGGUUCUAUUGAAGAUACGUAUGUGAAGAAAGAAGAAGCAGAGCCUGGAAUGGAGGUGGUGAAGAUGGGAGGACCGGUGUACAGGAUCGGUGUAGGAGGAGGAGCGGCCUCUUCGGUUCAAGUGCAGGGGGACAACUGCAGCGACCGGGAUCUGGGUGCCGUCCAGAGAGGAGAUGCUGAGAUGGAGCAGAAGAUGAAUCGAGCUCUCAGGGCCUGUUUGGAAAGAAGCAGCGGGAACCCAAUCUGCAGUAUACAUGACCAGGGGGCAGGAGGAAACGGUAAUGUGCUCAAGGAGCUCAGUGAGCCAGCUGGAGCUGUGAUCUACUGCAGUAAAUUCAAGAAAGGUGACCCCACACUGAGUGUGCUGGAGCUGUGGGGAGCCGAGUAUCAGGAGAGCAACGCUCUGCUGCUGCGUCCAUCAGACAGGUCCUUCCUGGAGAGAGUCUGUCAGAGGGAGAAGUGUCCUGUUGACUUUGUGGGAAACAUCACAGGAGAUGGAAAGAUUGUGCUGGUGGAUGAUGAGGGAGGCAGUGGUGACCAGUCAGGUGGGGGGCGUCACCCUGUCGACCUGCAGCUGGAGUGGGUUCUGGGGAAAAUGCCGCAGAAAGAGUUUAAGAUGGAGCGACUUCCCCCGAAACAUCAGCCUCUGAGUCUUCCUGCUGGACUGACAGUCAAAGAUGCUCUGCUCAGAGUUUUACGUUUGCCUGCUGUGGCGUCCAAACGUUACCUGACCAACAAGGUGGACCGGUCUGUCACUGGGCUGGUUGCCCAGCAACAGUGCGUCGGCCCUCUUCACACCCCAUUGGCCGAUGUGGCUGUUGUUGCUCUGUCGCCAUUUAGCCUGGAGGGAGCAGCGACGGCCAUCGGGGAGCAGCCAAUUAAAGGUCUGGUCUGCCCUGCAGCAGGGGCUCGCAUGGCAGUCGGAGAGGCUCUGACCAAUCUGGUGUUUGCCAGAGUCACAGCACUGAAGGAUGUGAAGUGUAGCGGUAACUGGAUGUGGGCUGCCAAGCUGCCCGGUGAGGGGGCGUCUCUGUGGGAGGCCUGCAGAGCCAUGUGUGAGGUCAUGGGCCAGCUGGGGGUGGCCAUCGACGGAGGCAAGGACUCUCUGAGUAUGGCUGCCAGAGUCGGGAAAGAGACGGUCAAAGCUCCAGGCGCUUUGGUUAUUUCUACAUAUGCUGUUUGUCCUGACAUCACUGCAACGGUGACACCAGAUCUUGAGGAUCCAGAUGGCAAAGGCGUGUUGUUGUGGGUUCCUCUCAGUCCGGGCCGUCACCGUCUAGGAGGUUCUGCCCUGGCUCAGUGCUACAGCCAGCUGGGAGACUGCUCUCCUGACCUGGAUCAGCCACAACUAUUGACUGCCUGCUUCAGCACCACUCAGGAGCUCAUCUGCGAUCGUCUGCUGAGUGCAGGACAUGAUAUCAGCGAUGGAGGCCUCAUUUCCUGCUUGCUAGAGAUGGCGUUUGCAGGAAACCGUGGGAUUGACGUUGAGUUGUCAUCAGAAGGAACUGGAGUCAUGGAGCUGUUGUUCAGCGAGGAGCUUGGUUUGGUUCUGGAGGUUUCGCACUCUGAUUUGGAAACUGUAUGUCAGAGAUACAGCGAUGCAGGCGUUCAGUGUCGUCAUAUCGGCAGGACAUGUGGCUUCGGACCAGAGGCGAUGGUUAGUGUCCGUGUGGAUGGACAGGAGGUGCUGAGAGAGUUGCUGCCUGACCUCAGAGCUCUGUGGGAGGAAACCAGCUUCCAGCUGGAGCGCCUCCAAGCCAAUGGGCUCUGUGUUAAACAGGAAGAGGCGGGUCUAUCCCGGAGGACUGAGCCGUACUUCAAACUGACCUUUGACCCCUCUGAAACGCCCAGCAUCAGGCAGCUUACUACAGAGAAGCCACAUGUUGCUGUGAUCAGAGAGGAGGGCAGCAACGGAGAUCGAGAGAUGUCUGUGUCUCUGUAUAUGGCCGGCUUUGAGGUUUGGGACAUCACCAUGCAGGACUUGUGCUCGGGCUUCGUGACCCUGGACCCAUUUCAGGCAGUUGUGUUUGUCGGUGGAUUCAGCUACGCAGAUGUCCUGGGAUCAGCUAAAGGCUGGGCUGCUACUGUCGCAUACAACCCCAGGGCCAAGGCUGAAUUUGAUCACUUCCGCCGUCGGAUCGACACAUUGAGUCUUGGCGUCUGUAACGGCUGCCAGCUGCUCGCCCUGCUGGGCUGGGUGGGCGAGGAUGGAGCAGAGUCUGAAGUGGUGCUGACUCAUAAUAAGUCUGGCAGGUUUGAGUCCCGGUUUGUCAGCGUUGGGAUCCAGGAGUCUCCGUCCGUCUGGCUCAGAGGCAUGCAGGGCUCUGCUCUGGGAGUCUGGGUUGCACAUGGAGAAGGUCUGAUGCAAUUUCGUAGCUCCCAGGCCCAAGACCGGAUUAUUUCUGGAGGGUUCGCUCCGAUCCGUUACCUUGACGACCAGGGUCACCCGACUGAAGAGUAUCCUCUGAACCCCAACGGCUCUCCGCUGGGCAUCGCGGGGCUCUGCUCCAGGGAUGGGAGGCAUCUGGCCAUGAUGCCCCAUCCGGAGCGCUGCACCCUGGGCUGGCAGUGGCCCUGGGCCCCCAGAGACCUCAGACCUUCUCUCGCACCUUCACCUUGGCUUCGUAUGUUCAGAAACGCAGCUGCCUGGUGCAGCAGCAUAGAGGGAUAAAAGCCCAUUUAUAUAUUGCUGUUCAAUUAGUGGCGGUGUGUCAACUGGAACUACAAGGCUUGUUUACAUUGUGUAAUACACUUUCCCACUCACUGCGGUGCUUGUUUUAGGUCUUAAUGCAAUGUUACUUCCUGCUGUACUUUAUACCUUUGAGGUUGUUAUGGAUUGAUGACUUAAUAUACAUUCCAAGCCUUUAAUUCUAGUCAUCACUGUAUGUUUUAAAAAACUGCACUAAUCAGGUCUGCUGAUUUUAUCACUGUUGCUGCGCUAAAGCAUCAAAAACUGAACUUUCUAAUAAAUAAAUGAAACAGAA